AUGGCAUCGUCAUCAUCGUCGUCGUUAUCACGGAGACUACCAGUCAGCUGCGAGAACUGUCGACGGCGGAAAAUCCGCUGUUCGGGCGUAGACGACCGGGCUCCUUGUGAGACCUGUGUUCGUCGCGGAUAUGCAACAACUUGCACAUUCAAACGCGAGUCUCUCCCACGCACAAUUGCUCAGAAUAGUGAGCUUUUGAAGCAUAUCUCCGACCUCAAUGCACUUCUCAAACGAAAUAUAAGCAUCACACAGACUUCGCUUGAGCAAGGACGAGACACGCUAUCUCCACUUUCUGUCCAGGCAGAACCAACUGAAAAGGAUGACACACAGGAUGAUACCAGCAUCAAAGUUUCUCCUACCGGUAGACUGUUGACUUCGACUUCUAAACAUGUGCGAUGUAUUCCAUAUAACCGAGUGGGAGACGGGGUCGUGCUCGAAUUAAUGCAGGAGCCGACGUGUAGCCCCCUUGCUGGUUUUGCUUUCUCUCCUGCUCAACAGGACCUGCUUGGCUCUCUGCCUGCAUUCGAGAAUUGCGACAAAUUAAAAGAAAUAUUCCUGAAUGUGUUUUCUCCACUAUUCCAUAUCCUCCAUGAACCUACAUUCGAAGCCAAAUAUCGCGAUUUCAGACGAGCACCCCAGUCAACGCCAAUCUCAUUCCUCGCUUUGCUGUUCGUGAUAUUCUCUCUCGCCAUCACCUCAUUGGAUGAACAUAACCCUUUGGUCACCGAGAUCGGGCAAGGAACUGCUUUAGGUGCCAUUAAUGCACGAGGUCUAGCAUCCCACUAUCGAUCAGCUGCCAUGAGAUGUCUAUUUGCGGAUGAUUUUCUGAGCCAGCACAAUCUCUGUACUCUUCAGUCUCUGGUCCUUUUAGUUUACGCCAUGAGUCACGCAGGCGGGUCAAUUUGGUCCCUCCUAGGAUCCGCUUUGCACAUUGCUAUAGCGAUUGGAUGUUCGGUGGAUCCGGCGAAAUUAGGUGUAGGUAUUAUUGAGGCGGAGGAGCGUCGACGUUGCUGGGCUGGACUCAUGAUGCUGUAUACGAUUCAGAGUACAAAUUUUGGUAAUAUCAUGCCGUUCAGUGUACGCGCAGAUGUUCUCCUUCCUGCUAAUGUGAAUGACGAAGAAUUGCUGGAUGCAACCAGUGGUUCCUUACAACCGAAACAGCAACAAAAACUGACCCAAAUGUCUUAUAUUCUCUCCAAAUUCAAAUUGUACAAUCUUGCAUUUGAUAUAUGCCGCCUUUCUUCCUCUACCCCCUUUCCAUCUCGACAAUUGGUAAUGAAGUUGGACGAACAGUUAGCUGUGGAAGUGAAGAAACACAUGGCUCUCUUCGAAGAUGUGCCGAGUCUACCCUUCUAUCAUGUUGCCCAUUUCUACAUCGUCAACAAUUACACUCAUCAUCUUUCACUUCUCUUGCAUCGGCCUUAUCUAGGCACAAUUGAAUCUGCCUCUCCACUCGAGCCUACUCAAGCACACAUUCACGAAAGCCGCCAACGGUGCAAUGAUUCCGCCAUGAAAAUACUCUCCAACUUUGAGAGUUUCCAUCACAACCCUCAUCUGAAGCCUUACCGCUGGUAUAUAUAUGGUUUUGGUUCUUUCCAAGCUUUUCUCGCCAUGACCACCCUGCUAGUUAUCAUGGCCAAGGGCAAUAUCUCUCCUACAUCAAAGUUAGCCAUUCAAACAGCAGUCAACGCAUGUAUGAAUAUCUUCAGGGAGAAUUCAAGCGUGAAUGAGACGUGUGCUAAAGCAUUGGCUGUUUUGGAACAAUGUUUACAGACCCAGAUGGCAGCAGGGUUUGAGCAGAAUUCUCUUGGAGAGUCCCUUUUUGCAAUGCCUCCAACCCCUUCGCCAGAUGACACAUUUUCAAAUAUCUGCGGUUCAUUUCCACAGUUGGAAACUAUCAUUAGAGAUAUACCCUCGGAGAAUUGGCUACUGCCUUCUGGAUUUCCUUGGGCUGAGUGA